AUGAGGAUUUUAAUUCUAUCGCUACUGUUUGUGGCUAUUACGGCCGCAGUAGCAACACCAGUGGAUCCGGUAGCUGUCAAGAGUCAAAAAGAAGAAAUGAACGAUAAACUCGUCAGUCUCUCCGAUGUUUCUGAUGUUGGUGCAACUCACUCGGAUGAAGCCGAGCGCAAAGAACGUGGAAUAUUGGCCGUUGGUUUGGGCUAUAAACCAUUUGGAUGGGGUUAUGGCUGGGGCUGGGGAUACAGACCUUGGGGUUGGAGUGUCUCUAAGAGCUGGGGAGUUGGCUGGGGCGGUUAUGGCGGUUGGGGAGGCAAUGGCGGCUGGGGACCUGGUUGUUUUGGUCCAUGUUGA